AUGUCACCUACCACUUUGAAACUCUCAGAGGCGAAAACCUAUGUCUCAGCAGAGGCGUGUCCCGAGAAGGAGGACGAAGAGACUCACGGCCCGACUAACACCACCGGGAACGUCCAACCGGGAUCUAUCACGGCAUGGGGGAGCACUACUGGCAAACUGUACUUGUCAGACUCCAGACUCGAUGACCCGAAGUCGCGCUCGGUCAUCACAACCUGGAUCUUGUGGGGAGUUUACAGAGGGAAAAGGAGACCAAGCAAGCGAGGUUGCUGA